AUGGCAUACUACACGAGAUACAGCGGAUUGCCUAGCAACGUGGUAGAUGCACCAUCCUUAUGGUUCUUUUCGGCUUUUGCUGCAAGGAUUUGACGCGCCGAUUCAGGCUCGCGCGCACGGACCCUUUCUCCCCCGUGGAUGCUAUAGCUGUGCUUCCCACACACGCGGGCUCACGGGCGGUACUCGCAACGCACGUUCCCUUUUUUGGGCCUUCACUGCGUUGUCGACGUUUUCUUACCAGCUUCUGCGGCUGCGUUCACCACCUGUAGGGACAGGUGCGUUCCUCACUCCCAAGACUACCUCCCAGCUGACGAGGUCGCUGAUCGAGAGUUCCAUCUUGCCGGACGUUCACAGCUGCUAGCAGCUCGUUAUGAAACCCUCGACGUGGCUCGCUUAGAGUAG